AUGAGUAGGGGUACCGGCCCCUGCGCGACAGCGGGUCCCGCGGCCAGUGGUGGAUGGGGAGGCGGCCCCGCCCCGCGCCCCGCCCCGCUCGCGCCGCGUCUCCGCGCGCUCAGUCCGCGCUCGACCGCCGCGUUGCCAUCCCUCGUGUCUAUCGCCUUCAUGCCAGCUCUAUCACGACGGACUAUCACGACUCUACUAUCACGCUCGUGUCACAAACCAGAAUUAUGUGUUAAAAAA